GCGCAGGCACUAGAGGGCACUCUAGAGGAGCAAUCUCUCGAGGGCGCGCUUGUGGAGCAGACUCUCGAGGGCACUCUGGUUGUGCAGGCACUGGAGAUGGGAACUCAGGACGGCUGGACGGGAUUCAGGAUUCAGGGGAGGUGCCAAGUCUAUCUCCAGAUCCCAGUCCUCUGGUUCGUUUUGAAGAUCCAGAAGCCCCCGAUGGUUAAUUAGCUCUGGUGCAGUGGGUGGAGCUUCACUCUGUUCUCUCAUUGUACCAAGAAUUUUCCACCGUGGCAUGCUCUGUAGCUGGCUUACACACUUAGUCUGACAUAAUCAUCUCAGGUUGAGUGGCGAUCAUUGGCUCUGUCGCUCCAUGAGGCGAUGGCUUGUUGGUCGCUGCACACUCCGAUCCUCCAUCAUCGGUGAUCUCUGGCUGAUGCUCUGCAUUGUGGUGAGAUGGUGGGCUGGGCUCUGGAUCCAAAGUGGGGCUGGUGUCUUCGUCCACGGGCUGAACAGUCACUAGUGAGUUGCAUGACUCCAUCACCCACUUGAUGUAAGCGGCCAAUACUUCGCUCCGCAGAAGUAUACUGUGUACAAGAAGCUGUCUGGCCAAUGAAUUCACAUCCUGUGGUUCUAACUGGAGUGAAAAUGCAUUCACAUGACACGAGAGAGCUGCUGCUUUCAGUUUCAGUGAUGGUUUGUGAACACUGCUGAACAGGAACAGAUUGAAAGGUGAGUACCAGACGAGCGUAAGUGACAUUUUCUUUCUACUGGAAAAAGUAUACUGUUAGUCAGGAGUGUCAACAUUUUGGUAUAAAGUAAAAAGCAAAAUGUAUCAAAUAUCACAUAUCGAAGUAUGGUAAUGUUUUGUUUUGGCCCUUCUGUAAAGUUGUUAAAAUUCUCACCCCUCAAAAUGCUGUCAAAGGUUUAAUAUAGCUAUGAAUCACCAGAAUAGUGUUAAUAGUUCUGAGAAAGCAUUUAGCAAGAAGCACUGACAAACAAGAUCUGAAACCACAGAUAUGAGCUUCUCUUCACUCUGCAUGUGUUUUAUUUGGCAUCAGAAAUUCUUAGUAAUGUGUUAAAGUUAAAAAAGUUAAAAGUGUGAAAAGUUCAUGCAAGUGUUUUAUUCUUUAUUUGUCUCUCUGAGUUUAAUACUGAUUCGGACUAGCUUUCUAAACUAGUGCUGUCAAAUGAUUUAAGAAAAAAAAUUUAUGUUUAAUUAUUAAAUAUAUUUAGAAGUAAUAUAUAGUUACAUUAUACAGUUAUACAGUUACAUUAAUAUACAAUUACAUUUUUUGAUAUAAAAUGCUUCUAUUGCCUACCUCAUUUGUACGUCGCUGCUAAAUGACUAAAUGUAAAUGUAAAUGUAAAAAGUUAUGACAUCCUAUUAAAUUUCGUAAGGGCAAAAUAAAAAAACACCUGGAGCAGCCCUCAGAACAGCUGCAGCCCAGCACGUCCCGUUGCCUGACCCCUGCAUCAAGCUGCUGCCCAAAAUGACGGCUAACAAUGAUGUAGAAUCAUACUUACAGAUGUUCGAAAUGACUGCAAGGGCCGAAGGGUGGCACCGGCAGAUGGUGCGCAGGCUGAAUCCAAGCACGAGCCUGGGACUUGUCGAGGCCGUCGAGCUGGCGGAUGCGACCCAACACCUGGAGCCUGGGGUAUUUUCCCGGAGGGCACCCAGCAACCGGUAAGCAGGCCGGCAGUUCCCUUUCCUCGAGAGACCGGACUCUUCCCCCGUGCAUGCACGCUGGUGUCCUCGUGGGUCCAGGAAGGGUGUGUGAAAGUACUUGCCACGCCGCCAGAGAAGCACGCUGUCAGACUCCGUAGUCCAGGCGAUGACUGCACACGUGUACCGUUGACGGGCCAGGAUGCCGGGCUGUUUAUCCCUUCAAAACUGCCGACAGGAAGAAGCGGAGGAGAAGCCGUGGGAAGAAGCCGCCGCUCCUCGCGUACCCCGAACCAGAGAGGGGAGCGCGUGCGGCCCGCCGGACUCCGCCCCUUACCUGGACCCUUCCUCCUGGAGCACUACCUGAACUGCACUCCCCCUGCAGCACGACGAGGACACCAGUUCCCCCAUUUAUUUUGGACACUUUUUCCCCUGGACGCUUUAUUUUGUAUAUUUCUGUUAAUAAAAAGCCUCUCCAAGGCCUGACGCCACACGCACUGUGUCUGUCAUUGGCUGCUCCUGCCACAAUACCAAUUACAUGUGUGCACGGGGACACCCGACAAGUACCAAUAUCUCUGCCUUUUGAAGGAUCUGCCAGUGCCGGUGCUAGUUGGGAGAGACUGGCCAGGUUUUGACACAGGCAAACAACGCCCUACCCUGCUGGCCUCAGAUAGCGGGAGAGAUGGUGAGUCCCUCUUCCAAAAUCCUAAUCUAUACUAUGAUGUGUUCCAGCAGGUCAUGGGAGAGGGCUCCUUUGCCAAAGAGCAGAAACAGGACGAUAGGCUGAAACACUGCUGGCCCCAGGUUUGCGUCAUCAAAGGCAAAGAUGACGGCCUGCCCUAUUGUGUCACUCAGCAGUGGGAGGAGGGAAAAUAAUUGCUAGUAGUGCCAUGGACAAAGACAUAAGCCAUCCUGGAGCUGGCACACUCACAACCCAUAGCGGGACACCCAGCAAAUGCCUAAAUAUACUCAAUGAGUGGAAUUCUGUGUUUUAAAUCAACAUGCAUGGAUUGGCAGAUCACACACCAUCAAACCUUUUUUUGCCAUCUAUGUUCUUCUACCUUUUUUACAUCAGUAUGGUGCUCAGUCAACUUCCUCUUGUGCUCUUGCUGAUUUCAAACAUCUACUUUGGACAUACUAAAGAAAGACCAAAAGCCAAAGUGACCAUCAAACCUGAUCAACAUGUAUUCAGAGGAGAGAGAGUUACUCUCAGAUGUGACAUAUAUGCUGAAGGAGUCACUAGAUGGCGGUACAGCUGGUAUAAAGAUGAUUCAGACACUGUUUUCAGUGAUAAACAGGAACACACAUUCAGUUCUGUUACUGAGUCUGACGCAGGUAAAUACUCCUGUUCUGGAUCAGAGAGAGAAGGAUCACGAACAUCACACAUCAGUGAAGAAGUUACUCUGACAGUAUCAGUUCCCAGACCAGUGUUAAGUGUUUCUCCACAGACGUGGUUGACUGAAGGAGAUCCAGUGACUCUGAUCUGUGAGGUUAAAGACUUCUUUACAGGCUGGACAUUCAACUGGUUUUCUCUAAUUCUCUCAUCAGACUUCAGGAAUUAUUAUAAUCCACUCUCAGACAGCAGCAGAGGAUCUGGAGGACUCUACUCUAUCAGUUCUGCUGCUGUAGAUCACACAGGAGUUUAUGUGUGCAGAGCAGAGAGAGGAGAUCCAGUCUAUUACACAACCUUCAGCAACACACAGUUAAUAUGGGUCACUGGUGUUUCUCCUCCAGUCUCUCUGAUCAUCAGUCCCAGCAGAACUCAACACUUCACAUCUGUCUCUCUCUCUCUGAGCUGUGAGGACCAGAGUAACUCUACUGGAUGGACCGUGAGAAGAUACAGAGAUGAAUGGAGGUGGCUGGAAGAUUGUUCAUCAUCAUCAUCAUCAUCAUCAUCAUCAUCAUCAUCAUCAUCAUCAGUGUGGGGAUCACAAACAGGAUCUACAUGUACAAUCAGAUCCACCAGAACAUGGGACACAGCAGUGUACUGGUGUGAGUCUAAAUCUGGAGAGAAAAGUCAUCCUGUUAAUAUCACUGUACACCUUCCCAGACCAGUGUUAAGUGUUUCUCCACAGACGUGGUUGACUGAAGGAGAUCCAGUGACUCUGAUCUGUGAGGUUAAAGACUCGUCUACAGGCUGGACAUUCAGCUGGUUUUCUCUAACUCUCUCAUCAGACUUCAGGAAUCAUUAUGAUCCACUCUCAGACAGCAGCAGAGGAUCUGGAGGACUCUACACUAUCAGUUCUGCUGCUUUAAAUCACACAGGAGUUUAUAUGUGCAGAGCAGAGAGAGGAGAUCCAGUCUAUCACACAACCUUCAGCAACACACAGUUAAUAUGGGUCACUGAUGUUUCUCCUCCAGUCUCUCUGAUCAUCAGUCCCAGCAGAACUCAACACUUCACAUCUGUCUCUCUCUCUCUGAGCUGUGAGGACCAGAGUAAUUCUAGAUGGACAGUGAGAAGAUACACAGAUGGAUGGAGGUGGCUGGAAGAUUGUUCAUCAUCAUCAUCAUCAUCAUCAUCAUCAUCAUCAUUAGACUGGGGAUCACAAACAGGAUCUACAUGUACAAUCAGAUCCACCAGAACAUGGGACACAGCAGUGUACUGGUGUGAGUCUGAAUCUGGAGAGAAAAGUCAUCCUGUUAAUAUCACUGUACACCAGGGUGUGAUUCUGGAGAGUCCUGUUCAUCCUGUGACUGAAGGAGAUAAUCUGACUCUACGCUGUUUAUAUCAACAUUCAACCCCACCAAACCUCAGAGCUGAUUUCUAUAAAGAUGAAUCACUCAUCCAGAGUCAAACUACAGGGAUGAUCAUCUCUACUGUCUCAAAGUCACACGAGGGUUUCUACUCCUGCAAACACCCAGAGAGAGGAGAGUCACCCAAGAGCUGGAUCUCAGUCACAGCUUCCUCCAGAAGAUCAGGACCUGAUAGUUUCAGUCCUGUGAUAGUCGGAGUAUCUGCUGUUAUAUUUAUCACCAUUGUCUUCUUCAUCAUUGUUCUUCUGUGGUGCUACAGAAACAAGAAAGGUGGAAGAUCUCAGCCUCUCUCUAGAGUCAGUCAAACAUCAGGUCAGAGUGAAGCUGGAAAUAAAACACUCAUGUCUGGAACUGCUCAUAUUUAUGACUCUAUUGAUGCAAUUAAUAAAGAUAUAAGCACAGACACUGUAAGUGGAGCUCCUGAAGUCACGUAUGCUGAGAUUGAACUCAAAUCUACAGAGAAACAGAAGAAAAACAAAGAAAACAAAGGGAGAACUAGUGAAAGUUCUGACACUGUUUACUCUAAACUGAAUCUGAAAACCCAUCAGGCUGCUGGAUCUAGUGAUGUGACGUUUGCUCAGGUUAAUAAGUGUUGAAGAGGAAACUUUCAAUCCCAGGAAACUGAUGAGUUUAGUCUGAGAAGAGCUGGAGAAUGAACAGGAUCAUCAGUUCUUUAUCAUUUUUUUGAUGUUAAACACUUGAUGCCAAUAUAUUUUUUAAACAUCAGUGAUUGUCUUUUUUAUCUCUCUUCUGUAUUUUGAAAGGUUACGUCAUUAUGGGUUGAUAGUUGAUCUUAAAUGUAUUUGUAGCAAGGUUUUCUUGGUCAUGGAAAUAUCAGAAUUUUAAAAUUGUGAUUUGGGGAAAAAUCUUUUUUUUUAUAAUUUUUUUCGAGCUAUUUUUAGUUCUAAAAUAUUUAAUUGCUAUAAAUAGCUAAUUAUUAGAUUUGCUUAAAACUGGUAAUGUUUUUAGUUUCUUUUGUAGCUUGCUUUUUGUUUUUAGUAAGAAAUUUGAAUAAUUCAUCAUUAUAAUUUUCAACUUUUUAUCUUUAUUACAAUAACAUAUAUUCUUAUUACUACAUACACGUGAUUGUGUGUUCUUUGAUUUUAAGAUAGUUAACUUAGGAGUAUACCAGCUCUUCAAUUUAAAGGAUUAGUUCAGACAAAAGUUUUAAUUAACCAUUUACUCACCAUUAAAACAUUCUAGGUGUAUAUGACUUGUUUAAAAUUCCUAGUGUCAGGAUUCUGGAUGCCUGUGCCGUGUUUUGCCCCUGUUUCUGCUCUGGUUGGUCUACAUAUAGUCUGUUUCCUGUCUUUGAUUAGUUUGAUUAUUAGUUGAUUCCCUGCACCUGUGUUUAAUCGAUUAAUCUGUAUAUAUUAGUUCCUGUCGGUACAUUUCGAAAUUUCUAGAUGUGGUGUUUGCUGUGUUCUUGUGUAUUUUUUCCUGUGAUUCCAGUAUUAAAGACUGUUAAAAAUUU